AUGCAGUUUGCCUACUCAGAUUAUAAAGUCGCUUUUAUAGUUAUGAAAGCAUUUGGCCUUGGAAUACUAGGAUCCGGCUUUGCGCUCAAGGUGCAGCAACAGCAGCGACAGAAGCACCUUAAUAGGCGUCGAGUGCCCGCAGCCAUGUUGAUCCAGUGCGUGUGGCGUAGCUAUGCAGCCGAUGAAAAUUCUAUGUCCAUUGCUACGUGGAAGCGUCACAUGACACCUUGUCCGAGCCCUACCACGGAGCCACGCUGGAAAAACAAUACAUCAUUUGUGAGCAGGUUCUCUACUAAAAGACGAGACCGUUCUUCACAAGGUUCCAAUAAUAUCCAGUCACCUAUGGUACCUCGGCAGUUGAGGAAGGCUUUCACGGCAGGUGACGAUGAUAUAUCGGACAGUUUUAACAGGAGUCAGCUGAGUUUGUCUGUGGGGGAGAGAGAACACACAGCAAUUAGGAAAGAAAGUUCAAUUUCUUCCGUUUAUACCAAGGAAUCAGAAGAAGAACCAGAUUUGUCCCCACGGGUCACCCAGCUGACAGAAACACAUAAAGCUGCUAUAAGAGCUAUUCGAAAAAUCAAGUAUUUUGUAGCCAGACGUAAAUUUCGCGAAGCACUACGACCUUAUGAUGUGAAAGAUGUCAUUGAGCAGUAUUCUGCUGGUCAUGUAGAUAUGUUGAGCAGGAUUAAAAAUCUACAGUUAAGACUAGAUCAAAUCCUAGGAAAAUCGGGUAGUAAGAAUAAAGAUGUUUAUGAAUCAAAAGUAAGUUUAGCAUCACGUGUUGUGAAGGUAGAAAGGCAGGUGGAAGAUAUUGAGUCAAAACUGGACCUUCUGAUAGAUUUGUACAAAGAAGAUCGCCAGUUAGUCUUGCAGCAUGUUCUGGGUGUCCGAAGUGAACAGGAAAUAGUACAGAGCGACAGCCGAAAAAAGCCACAACCUCUGUCUUCCCUAAAGCCACGGCCAAUCCUUGUGGACAAGCAAUACACCAGCGAACCUAACACGCCGACCGGCAUCCGUAACCCUAGCCGCCCAAUGCAACGAAAUCUGUCGGACUUAGGACAGCGCAUAAAAAAACGUGUCACUUAUCGCUGUUUGUCUUAUAACGAAGUGCCGCAUCGGACAAUGUCGGAGAGGAUUACAUAUGACAGGAACAAACCUAUCAAAGAUUUGUUCGUAGGUGAACCUAGGCCGGCAAAAAGCUGCCUCUUACAGCCGCAGCCGUCAUCUUCCCGAGACAGAUCGCCGGUCAGUGAUCAAGUAGGAACGCUGUGUUUCGCGUGCUCCGAGGGCAAGGACACUCUUAAUGUGACUACUACUGCAAUUAAUAUAACUACUACAGCUACUAUAACUACUAUUAUUCCAACACCGACAGCAGAAAGCAGCAGCACUACAACAACUGACACCCAACAGGGUUACGAGCAAAAUACUCAUAAGCAACUUUGUGCAACAAAAUCAGUUGGAAACAAUGUGGCUGUCACGUAGCCAAGGUUUUUCACAUUUAGUGAGAGAGGAAUGAAUUGAACAGCUCUGCACAUAUUGUCACUUAUCAAAGUUAAUGCAUGUAUCUUGAAAGGAAACCAACAAAAGUGAAAGUAAUCUAUAUACAUGCAUAUUAACAUGUGCAUAUGUGUGAGGAUUAUGUAUGUCUGGGCGUGUUCGAAAGCCAAUAUAUAUAAGUAUUAUGUAUAUAUAUAUAUAUAUAUAUAUAUAUAAUAUGAAUGUAUGUGCAUGAGAAUGUGGUUCGCACAUUUAUGCCUAAAUGAUCCGAGGACGAGAGUGAAGGAUUCACUAGAGGGUUGAUUUAUGGAUGAUGAUGAUGAUGGUGAUAGAAGUAUACAAACGCCACUGAGUAUUUGGGUGUGUAUGUUUGCAGAGGUUUGAGAAAUUGUGUACAGUUUGGGAGUACGCAUGAAUAAAUAUAUAUAACAUAAUAUAUAUAU